UCGUCGUGAAAAUCUUCAGCAUGAAAACACGAGGGAACUCUAUAUUUUAUAUUCUAUACGGUUCAAAACAAGCACCAUGAGCAUAGAAGCCCACAAUUUAUGCAAAGCAGUCAUGAACACAUGUAGCACCAACUUGUCGAAAUCCAGUUGCGCUUUUGACAUGGACGGAACCACCACGAAUGCCGCGAGUUGCGUCGCUGCCUCCGACACCAGGUCCAGUGGCGUCCAGACAAAGUCCAGUAAGUACAGGAAGCUGCGAAACAAAACUACCACUACAGAUAUCAAGUCAGUUCCUAAGAUUGAGAAGAAGCUCAGUCAGUCGGAGGGUCACAUGUGCGAUAUCCAUGCUAUAAUCACGCUCAAUGUGGUUGCUCGAAGACCAGACGACGAUCAGAGGAGUUUGUCUGUAGAGACAUCUGAUAUAAAGGUCUUGACGAACACCUCGUCUGCCAAAAGAAAGGAAAGCAAACAGCGCAGUAAAUGCACUUGUACUGUAGAAGAAUGCGCGAAGACAGGCACGUGUGCGGAUUCGUGCAAGGAGCUGUGCAAGUAUGGCGGCCUGGGCCCAUGCAACGCCUUCAGUCUUGGUUCAGCUGACUACCGCAUGUUGUUACGGGAGAAGUGCAACUCGAUGCUCAUAGGCGGAUGUCGCGUACCGAUCUGUCGUAACUUUAAAAACAAAUUAUGA